GCUUUUACACUUCCCGAGUAUCUGACGAAACGGUUUGGAGGUGCCCGUCUCAGAAUUCUUUUCUCACUUCUCUCAUUAGCGAUCUACGUCAUACUCAAAAUUUCGUCCGAGAUCUAUGCAGGCGUCAUCUUCCUCCAACAACUUCUGGGCUGGAACCUGUAUGUCUGUACCGGCGCCAUCUUGCUGGUCACUGCCGUGUACACCACCGUGGGCGGUAUGGCGGCUGUGAUGUACACUGACACUUUACAGACUGCCGUCCUCAUUGUGGGGGCGGCCAUUUUGAGUGUGAUUAAUUUCAUGCACAUCUGGCGUGACCCAGAAACGGGUGAUAUUCCCUGGACUGGAGUCAUCUUUGGCCUCAUAUUCAACGGCGUCUGUGUCUGGUGCACUGACCAGAUCAACGUCCAAAGAUGUCUGUCUGCCAAGAACAUCAGCCACGCUAAGGGGGGCACAACCUUCGCUGCCGGCCUGAAGUUACUUCCCUUUGUGCUGUGGAUAGUUCCUGGAAUGAUUAGCCGAGUUCUCUACCCUGAUGAGGUGGCGUGCGCUGAUCCAGAGAGCUGUGAGAGGGCGUGCAGCAACAAGCAAGGCUGUACGAACAUCGCAUACCCGCUACUGGUGCUUAGGAUGUUACCUACAGUUGCGACGAGUCACGUGGUGGACACGUCACGAAGAGGCCCAGCCGUUGGACAGUGAGUCAGAGGACGAGCUUCGUUGUGUUGAGGAGGAGGAGGACGAGGAGGAGGAGGCACCAGACAUGCUCAAGACAGUUGUGGCUGAGCCUAAGCCUAAGACUCCCCGCCGUGUGUACAACUGGGUCUGCGGUCUCUCUGACGCCCCGGAGCCCAGACUGAGCAAGCAGGAGAAGCUCCUGCUCAGACAGAAGAUGACAGACAUCACCGAGGACAAAAACGGGCGGGCAGUUUGCAUAGUUGCGGGUGUCGUUGUCGCCGGUAUCACAACGUUUCUGUUAGGAUACUUCCACUGAAUGCUAAGUACUGUUACCGACACUUUUAUUUCGUCACCUUCAUUCAUCAUUGCUGUGUGUCAUGUGUCAGAAACGAGGUGUUUAGGAAAAGCCAAAUAAAUGUGGGUUCUUUUCACAUAGAGCAUUAGAUCUAUGUUAGUAAAGCGAAUUUUUUUUUCUUUAGUUUGUCUCAUCGUUUGUGUCAAAAAUGAAAUUUUCAGGAGAAGCAAAAAGAAAUGUUUUAUUUCAGAUACAACACUGUGUUAAAAACUGAAUCACGUUUAUUUCGUCGAAGUCUGUUACUGAUUUUAGAAGAGACAUGAGACUAGGACCAUUCGAUGCGCAUCAUCAUACUAUACAACAUACUACUUGAUUUUCAUUUCUUGCAAA